UUACCCCCUAACCUUAUGCUCUCCCCACACACUCCUAUCCCCUCCGAACCGUAUGGAUUCUCGAUGCUUCCUGUGCGCUACUCCCUCAGAUCCAUGAGGCGGCGUCGCAGUACGGACAGCUUCACCAGCUAUGCCAGCGAAGAGUCUGGUCUCAGCGGCAUCAGUGGGAUGAGUUCCCUGGUACUCGAGCCCCCCGAAUGGCAGGAGGAACAUGAGAAGGUGCUGGGAAGGGCUCUCGACUCCCUCCCCGACUAUCUCACUACUCCCUACGUAGGGAAUAUCCCUCCUCCCAACCUGCUGCAGAACCUCGCCAAGGGCAUCCUCAAGGAUAUGAAGGAGAACAAGACGGGCUGGCCGUACACGCUGGCACAGACCAGGGCCAAGCUGCGCGAGAUCGCCGAAGUGAAAGCCCGCGAACUGAGAGAGCUGGGACGCGAUCCUGAACGUGCAGAUGGAGCCAACAAGCGAUCCCUACACAGAUCUGACAGUAUGGACUUCCUGCCGAUCAAUGGGAAAGACCGUGUCGCAGCUGCUUCUCGUCGAAUGCAGCGCUUAGAUCAGAUUUUGGACCCCACCCUUCGCCCUCCUAACAGCUCACGCUCUAGCCGUCGUACAACUGCCGCAGCAGUGAACGAGGAGCCUCCUCAGACCAUCACGAUCACGUAUCAAAGCCUUCCUCGACCACUAAUUAGGACAAGGACGAACGUCGCACCCCUCGCACCUGUGACUCCUUCGGUUAUCGAUAUCCCUCCCCCAAGUACUCCGGCACUUCGGCGUAUGGCAUCAUCCACGGCGGUCUUUGAGCCAGCGGGUUCCGAACCUGCGACACUUCGGGCGCUGAAACGAGCUCCAUCUUAUGGAAGCAGUGCCGAUGUUCCGGAAGGCAGUCCUGACGCGAAUAACCCCACGAAGAAGAGGAAGACUGCUGCGAAGAAGACUCGUUCUCCCAGUUUUCUUGGUGGUCCUUUGCCCGGUCUCGCAGGAUUGUUUCCCCCAGAAUCCUCUUCGGCCGUCCUGAUGUCGCCAGAGACGAUCGUCACUCCCCACACUCCAGUGCGCAGGACUGUCGCUACACGCACGCGUUCCACACCUGCGGGCCCCCCCACCAUCUCCCCUCAGUCGACUCCUGGGCGUGUCAGGACACGCUCCCAGACCAAGGCCGAUGCGCAUGCCGCCACCGCCGCACAAGAAGCAUUCGAGCGCGAGUCGCAGAAAUCAGCCGAACAUGACAAAGAGAACACCCCGUCCCAUUCACGCCGCUCCAGGACGGCUGUGCGUGCGAAGAAAGAUCUUCCUCUUGACAGCCCUUUCGAAGAAAUCAAGAGGGUUGUCGCUUGAGUUGAUAAGACUUCCAAAUCCACAGACCCAGUCACCCUCUGCUAGCAGGUACACGCUGUAUACCACAAUCAAUCUGGCCCCUCCCCCGAUAACCGAUAUCAAUCGAAUCAAGCUUCUGUUCAGUCUCGUCCAACUCACGUGCAAUCAUUCUCCCACAUACAAAGGGUUCCAUCGUUACAAUUGCAAUCAUUCAAGCACGGCUGAAGCACCAUUAAUCCAGACUUCAUUGCACACCACACUUCAUGUCAAAUACGUUUUGCGCUUGGUUUCUGGUAUACCUCGGCAAUUUUCGACCCAUUCUUUUCCUGGUCCGCCUCUGCCGGCAUUCGUAAAAGCUAAAGGGCGAUGUACAGCAACUGUAGGCCUCGCGUCACCUUCCGAACUUGUAUCCCUUCACCUUUCUGGUCCUUGUCCACGACAGAAGGACGCUGUGUGUGCACACAGACGCCGAGCGUCUCGUCACCCUCGCUGCACUUUUUCAUUCACUGGUUCUCUCGUAUUACUUGUAUCAUCAGGGUAUUUGCCUUCGAACGUUCUUUUGUUGUUUCGCGCUCUUCACUUCUUGUCCAUGCUUUUGCGGCACCACACGAGCAUAUACACGGAUAAGCUCUUGUUACCGCCCCUGGUUACUUCUGUCUGACCACCUUCACUUCUCCAUACCCACCCCCGUACUCUCCUUUUUAUCAACACUUCCAUCAUGUUCACCGUCUGGCUGAGGCCGCCCAUGUACCCACC